AUGGAGGUGGGAAACGGCUCAAUCGUAUCAGAGUUUGUCUUCUUGGGCCUCACUCAGAACCGGGGGCUACAGGUUGUCCUGUUCAUGGUGUUCCUAUUCAUCUAUUCCACGACUCUGCUGGGUAACCUCCUCAUCAUGGUCACCGUGACCUGUGACCCCUGGCUCCAUACCCCCAUGUAUUUCUUGCUGCGCAACCUCUCUGUCAUAGAUAUUUUCUGUUCCUCCGUCACACUCCCAAGGAUGCUGGUGGACUUCCUCUCCCCCACUAAUACCAUUUCCUUCGAUGGCUGCAUGGCCCAGAUUUUCUUCUUCCACUUCUUUGGAGGGGCUGACAUGUUCUUCCUGGGGGUGAUGGCGUACGACCGCUUCGUGGCCAUUUCCCGACCCCUGCACUACACAGCCGUCAUGAACACCCCAGUAUGUGUGGGGCUGAUCCUGGCCGCCUGGGUGGUGGGGUUCGUGCACUCAAGCGCCCAACUAGCUCUGUUGUACCGGUUGCCAUUCUGCGGCCCCAACAUCCUGGAUAACUUCUACUGCGACGUCCCCCAGGUCCUCAGGCUCGCCUGCACCGACACCUCCGUCCUGGAGAUCCUGAUGAUCUCCAACAGCGGGCUGCUCGUUCUCAUCUGGUUCCUCCUCCUCCUGGCAUCCUACACGGUCAUCCUGAGGAUGCUGAGGUCCCACUCCAAGGAAGGGAGGAGGAAAGCCGCCUCCACCUGCACCUCCCACCUCAUCGUGGUCUUUGUGCAAUUUGUGCCGUGUAUCUACAUCUACGCCCGACCCUUCACCCCAUUUCCCAUGGACAAGGCGGUCUCCGUCUGUGAUACGGUUCUGCCCACCAUGCUGAACCCCAUGAUCUACUCCCUGAGGAACAGAGAGGUGAAAUUAGCUAUGAAGAGGUUAAAGAAGCGACUUUUACAGGCUUGA